UUGUUGUUUGGUUGUCGUUUGGUACUCUCUUUGCGUGUAGACUGCCAGGGAUCUUUCCUGCAUGUACUAGGGCCAUGAAGUGGACUCUAGAGCUGGAAGAACUAUUGCUGUCACUGUAUUUCGAAGUAAAAACCCGGUUUGAUAAAAAGAUGAAGAAGGAUAUUGAUAAGUUCAAGUGGAUUGCACAGAAAUUGAAAGAGGAGCAGGAUGUUGACGUGAGUUAUAAACAAAUAAAGGAUAAGAUAACAUCGGUGAAGAAGACUGGAAACUCCAAGAUGAAGACCUUUGUCCUGCCUCUUGUCCGAGAUAGAGAAAAGGAGCGGACAGGAGCAGCUGUGGACGACGACGACGACAAUGAUCUGGACUGGGAGGAUAUUGUAAAGCGUGCCAAGUGGCCUCUUCACAAGCGCUAUUAUGAGCUGUUCAAUGCUCACCCCACCAUGGGAAUAGCCCUGGGCACGGACACCGCUAGCAGUAGCGAGGAGGAGGAUUGUGAUACCGGUGCUGAUACGAGUGCUGCUGCUGCUGAUGCGAAUGCUGGUGCAGCUGGUUUAGUGCUCCAAGUUCAAGUGGAAGACGACGAAGUAGAUGAAGCACUGCCCGUUCUAGUGGAUGAAGACUACGGGGUAGGUGAUGAUGGACCUGGAAGCGAGCGCGAUGUGCCACCCAGUAGCAGCGACAACGAAGAUAACGAACAGGCCGUGGCUGAACAACCAGCAAGGGGUGCUCAAGCACAGGUAGCAGUCGAGCGACGCACAGCAACACCCAACACACCACCUACAAGAAUUGUGCGUGGACGUACCCAAACAGUAACACCACCCCAGCAGGAGCAACAGCGGCAGUUCCUUGAUGGAAUGGGUGCAAUUCUAGACGGUCAAGCGCAGCAAACUUUAGCCAUCCAGGGCCAGCUCCAGCAACAGCAACAGCAGUUUGAGGAGCGGAUGAGACAACAGGAUGAAGACAAGGAUGCCAGGGCACAGGAGCGCCAUCAGCAGUUUGUUAUGACUAUGCAGCAAUCCAUGAUGACAUUCCAAGGCACGCUGAUGCAGAACCUCUUUGGAAGGAGGAGACGACACGCCAGCAGCAGCGACUCUGAUUAAUGUGUUGGUCAAGUAAGUGACUUAUUUCAGAAUAAUCUCUCUGCGUUCAUUACAUUCUUGCUGAUAUGGCUGUACAAUAAUUAUACACGAUGGGAUGUACGACUAGCUGAUUGUACAUAAAAUGUCCGAAUGCAGCUCUUUCAAUGCCUAUGCAGUGGAUACUCAACAUCUUAGGCACGCAUAUGAUUCUUUCUAAUUCCUAAGCUCCAGCUGUUUGUUGUUGCUGCCACGCAUGUCUGUACUAGUAGCUGCCGGUGGUAAUGGUGUGGUAAUUGCGUUUCUCAGCGUUUCUCAGCAGCGACUCUGAUUAAUGUAUUGGUCAAAUCAGUGACUUAUUUCCGAAUAAUCUUUCUGCAUUAAUUACAUUCUUGCUGACAUGGC